CUGCUGUAUUUGAAAAUGUGGCAUUUGGAAAGCUUAAUUUGCUUUUCUCACAAUCGUGAACAAAUACAUAUUUAUACUAAUUAUUGUGAAACAGAAAUGAACUGGAAUUCAUUGAUAAUCUGAUUAUAUUUGUAUCUUAUUUGUAAAUUCGCAAGAAAAAUCUUUGCGUAGCCUAUUGAUUUAUUUAUUUGUUAUUUUUUUGCCGGUGAAUCACAACAUUUAAAAGACGGGUUACAUCCCUGCACAAAACUCUCAAACAAAUAAGGUUCCUUGAGGCGAAACAUUGAGAGGUCUCGAUUGGCUGAGUGUGAUCAGCUGAAGCAGUGCGUCAGUGUACUCUGGAGCAGCUACACUCUCACACAGACACAGCAGCCAGCGCUCUUCAAACCAAAUUAUACCUAACGUACAUAGGCUGCUUUCCGAAGCUCACCGCACUAAAUUUAAGAUAUUAGCUUUCAUUAAAACGGCGCUUUAAAGUCAUUUGCCUGAGGCCGCUGGAUAUGGGGCUCGUUGGGUCUGUAUAACAGACGCGGACAAAGCGGAUCAGCUCGUGCCGAGAUGAGUGCCACUAUGAGCGGCUCUGGGUCAGCGCCCUGCCGCUUCGCACAUUACUUUGUUAUAUGUGGAAUAGACAACGAAACGGGUCUGGAGCCCGAUGCUUUGGCAGCUUUGUACCAAUGGCUAGAGGCCGAUCGUCAGGGCAGGGACCCAGAGGCCGUGGCAGCAGGGGAAAACUUUGACCAGAGCCCCCUCAAAAGGACCUUUAAAUCCAAAGUGCUUGCCCACUACCCAGAGAACAUCGAGUGCAACCCAUUUGACCAGGAUGCUGUCAACAUGCUCUGCAUGCCCAAAGGUCUGUCAUUCCGAACACAGCGUGACAGUCGUACCCCACAAUUCCACUCGUUCCUCAUCACAAGAGAAGACGGAUCUCGCACGUAUGGUUUCGUUCACACCUUCUACGAGGAGGUAACCAGUCCUCAGAUCUGCUCUGCCAUGCAGACGCUACACCAGAUGCACCAAGCAGAGCAUAAUGCAUCUGCCCAUAACUGCCCUUCGUCAUCAUCCUCUUCCUCAUCAUCCUCAUCCUCCUCAAGUAUGGACUCUUUAGCCAGCAGCCUGGAUGAAGUUGAGUCUCCUUCCUCAACUUCCUCCUCCCAAGGGGGCCGCAGAAGCUGUGGCUGCUCCGGUGAAGGCUACGAUUCUGUUCGCGACACUCUGUACGUGUCCAAAGCUAUGUGUCUAAUCACGCCCAUGCCCUUCAUGCACGCCUGUAAACGCUUCCUGUCCCAGGUGCACCGCGCUGUCAUCUCCAAUCAGCCACCCCCACUUCCUUUGGAAAGCUACAUCUACAACAUCCUCUAUGAAGUACCUUUGCCGCCGCCUGGACGCUCUUUAAAGUUCCACGGCGUGUAUGAACCUAUCCUGUGCCAGAGGCCUGGUGUCGGGGAGCUGCCAUUGGCUGAUUUCCCACUGAGUAGGGCCUUCCAGUUGUUGGGAGUGGAAAAUCUGGUGCAGAUUUUUACUUGUGUCCUACUAGAGAUGCAGAUCCUUCUCUAUUCACAAGAUUACCAGAGGCUCAUGGUGGUUGCAGAAGGAAUCACAACCUUGCUGUUCCCGUUCCAGUGGCAGCAUGUGUAUGUGCCCAUCCUUCCUGCUUCACUUCUGCACUUCCUGGACGCCCCUGUGCCGUAUCUCAUGGGCCUGCAGUCUAAAGAGGGCACGGACCGCUCUAAACUAGAGCUGCCUCAAGAGGCGAACCUGUGUUUUGUUGAAAUCGACAACCACUACAUCGAGUUACCUGAAGACUUCCCUCAGUUCCCCAACAAGACCGAAUUCAUCCAGGAACUCAGUGAGGUAUUGCUAAGUUUUGGUUUGUCUCCUGAGGGGGGCAACACCUCCUCUGAACCAGCUGUGAGUUCGCAGACCUCCGUACUGGAGAAGGAACUGAAGAGCACAUCCCUGAGUGAGUUGGUGGAUGACCGAAAGAACGGCAACCUCGGUGGAGAGGCGCUGGACGUGCUGGAGCUUCUUCAGGGCAACCCGACUCUGGAGCGUCUGCAGGCUCUGGCCAAAAGGACAGGGGUGAAAGUGGCGCGUCUGGAGGCAUUGGCAGCGGGGCAGAAAGCUGUAGGGGAGGAGGGCGUUGGAGGAAGGUCUCCUGUCGAGGAAGAGGAGCUGAGGAACGCUAAACUGAACGUGCAGCUGAGGGAGGUGUUCGCUGCACGCUUUGCCACAAUGUUCGCGGACUACGAGUCGUUUGUGAUCCAGAACUCGCCAGAUUUGGAGUCCUGGCUGACCAAUAGAGAGCAAAUGCACAACUUUGACAAGGCCUCAUUCCUUUCGGAUCAGCCGGAACCGUACUUGCCCUUCCUGUCCCAUUUCAUCGAAACGCAAAUGUUUGCCACCUUCAUCGACAACAAGAUCAUUUCUCAGUGGGAGGAGAAGGAGCCCCUCCUUCGAGUGUUUGACGGACGCAUUGAGAAGGCCCGUCUCUACAAUGUUCGCGCACCCAGCUUGCGCUCAUCUGUUUACCAGAAAUGCACCUUCCUCAAAGAGUCAGCCCAGGCCAUAGAGCAGCGGCUGAGAAAGAUGGACCACACAGCCAUCCAUCCUCACCUGCUGGAUAUGAAGAUUGGUCAAGGAAAAUACCAGCAGGGCUUCUUCCCCAAACUACAGGCUGAUGUGCUCGCCUCAGGGCCCACCAACAACAAGUGGUCUAACCGCACAUGCUCGACCCAGCGCAGAGUGGACCGUCACAGACAGCACAACGACCAUCUGGUGCUGGACAACGACCUCAAAGAGAAGUACAUGCAGGAGGCCCGUAGCCUGGGGAAGAACCUGAGACAACCCAAACUAUCAGACCUGUCCCCUGCGGUCAUCGCUCAGACCAACUGGAAGUUUGUGGAGGGUUUACUGAAAGAAUGCAAAAUGAAGACCAAGCGUAUGUUGGUGGAGAAAAUGGGCAGAGAGGCUGUUGAACUGGGACAUGGAGAGGUGAACAUCACUGGCCUGGAGGAGAACACACUCAUAGCCAGUCUGUGUGACCUGCUGGAGAGAAUAUGGAGCCACGGUCUACAGGUCAAACAGGGAAAGUCUGCGCUGUGGUCUCAUUUAUUACACUACCAGACGAGAGAAGAGAAAAACGAACAGCUGUCAGAGUCUCCAGUGUCUAAUGGCCAGGAAAAACGGAAGCCAGAGUCCAGUGUUGGUCUUCCUGCAUUACGUCUAUCAGUCAUACAGGAUAUGAGACACAUCCAAAGUAUGGGAGAGAUUAAAACCGAUGUAGGUCGAGCACGUGCUUGGAUCCGACUCUCUCUGGAGAAAAAACUACUUUCCCAGUCUCUCAAACAGCUGCUGUCUAACCAGGCCUUAACCAAGAAGCUGUACAAGCGUUACGCCUUCUUGCGCUGCGAAGAGGAAAAAGAGCAGUUUCUCUUUCACCUCUUGAGCCUGAAUACCGUGGACUACUUCUGCUUUACCAGCGUCUUCACCACCAUAAUGAUUCCAUACAGGGCCGUCAUUAUCCCCAUCAAGAAGCUUAGUAACGCAAUGACCACGUCCAACCCCUGGCUGUGUGUGUCCGGCGAGCUGGGCGACUCCGGCAUCCUGCAGAUCACCAAGAACGUUCUGGAAAUGAAGUUUGAUUCUGCCUUUAGGCCUCACACGCACAUCUCCAUCGCCUUCAAGUGUCAGAACCUCGGGAAGUUGACGACAGUGCAGCUGGGUCAUGAUAAUUCUGGCUUGCUUGCCAAGUGGCUGGUGGAUUGUGUCAUGGUCCGCAAUGAGAUCACCGGCCACACGUACAAGUUCCCGUGUGGCAAGUGGCUGGGGAAGGGCGUGGAUGAUGGCAGUCUUGAGCGAGUUCUGAUUGGUGAAUUUGUAGUUCCAUGCAAUGAUGAUGACGGAGGAAGAGGGUCUAAGACUCCGCCCCUUCAGCGAUCACCUUCCCAGAUCCGACGAAUUAGCAUCACAUCGCUUACAGGACGUGGAAACAAACCAACAACUGUACAGAUACAGGAAUCCAUCGGUGAAGCAGUCAACAAUAUUAUAAAGCAUUUCCACAAACCAGAAAAAGAGAGGGGCAGUCUUACAGUCCUGCUGUGUGGAGAAGGUGGUCUUGUGUGGGCACUGGAGCAGUUCUUCCAUCAUGGAUUCCGCUCGGCUCGAAUCUUUCAGAAAAAUGUUUUUGUGUGGGACUUCUAUGAGAGAACAGUAGCAUUUCUGGAGAAUGCUGAUCAGAUUGGAGACCUUCAAGAAAAACCAGAGCCUCUAGGUCUGAAUAGUGAAUCUUUCUGUCGAUACGUCAACGCCAUUAACAGUAUGCCACGCAACAUUGGCAAAGAUGGCAAGUUCCAGCUGCUAGUUUGUCUCGGAGCGAGAGAUCGAUUGUUGCCGCAGUGGCUUCCUCUACUGGCCGAAUGCCCCGUCAUCACACGCAUGUAUGAGGAGAACGCGUUACUGCGAGACAAACUCACCGUCAGCUCUCUCAUCGCAGUUCUGGAGACGCUCCAUGACUUCCCCAUCACACUGGAGAGCUCUCUAACUAAAAGCGUUGAGCUGUAACUCCACAUACUGAGGUCAAACUCAGACUGCCCCCCUCUCUGCUGCCACACUCAGGGCCAAAGCGGCUCUACAAUACUCUGCCAUGUGCAUUUGCUGACCAGCGAAGGACUGACGACUUAUCGAAACGACUGCUCCCCCAAAGAAAUGAACUCAGAAGUGUGUUUUGUAGCAGUAUUUGGAGUCGGGCUUUUUCUAAUUGAAAGCGUUGAUGGAUGUUUUUUUAAGAAGACAAAUCCCUGUGGAUUUUGCUUUCAAACCUGUGGUCAUUUCCGCGCACAUGUCUGCGAGUCAGAUCCGCUAGCGUUUCUGCUUCAGAUCAUGUGCAGAGCUUUAGAAAGCACUGUUUUUUUUCCGCAAAGUAUUGACAGUUUACACACUCAAUUACCAUCAUUUGACAGGCAAAACUAUUAAAUUGAGGAAUUCAGACAUGAAGUGUUUAUACCGUCUGUUUGUUUAAACCAAUGCUAUCUGUGUUCAUUUAGAUGUCAAUUUGGAGCAUUAUCCUGGUCAAAAGCCUGUCAAAUGAAUUUUCAGAGAAAAAGGACAUUCCAACAAGAUGUGAAUGGUUGUAUGUUACAAGAUAUGUGUAAGAUAUGCGUGAUCGUAAUGUGCGUGUGUGAGGCUCAACAUUUGAAGAUGUGUUUAUUUUGCCAAUGAGUAUUAACCUCAUUCAAGGAUACUUCAGUAUCAUGUUUGAGUUUUUUUAUUUUUAAGAAAGAAACACUGGAAAUCAUCGUAAAGCAAUAACAAGCAUAUUUCAGAUCGUUUUUUUUUUUUUUUUUUUUGCUAUUAAACUUAGUCACCGUUAAAAUCUCUCAAAUAUGAAUUAUUACAGUUGUGGGGUGCUUUAAAUAUAAAGUGUAAACCCUAGUAUUUACCACUAAUUGAAGGUCUAAAUGCAGCAAUUACUUUGUUAAUCCAUGUUUGAUUACUGCAGAACUUGCACAUUGCUUAGAAAUGAAUAAGUAUUGCCCUUUAAUCGCCGUUUAUGUUUGUUCUGUUAUGCAUCAGUUUUAAUCCGGAAUCCCUGCUGGACGAAAUCAAGUAAUAAUUACAUAUAAAUUACAAAUGUUAUAGUUCUAGAUCUCUUAAUGUUUCUUAAGUUUGGGUUUUUAAGGCUCUUCGCAUCUUAGAGCUGUGUAGCAAGUCAACCUGUGUAUUUUAUUUCUUUUUCUUUUUUUAUAAUGACUCCGAUCAUUUGUAUGCAUUUAUUUUCGAAUGAUGCUUUUGUGACACUGGUUGAUUUUGGAUUGACGCAAUCUUGGGGUGAUUUAUGCAGUAAGCUGACACUGUUAUCAUUUAUUUAUUUUAGUAAAUCUACUUUCAGGCUUUCUAUAGUAUAUGGAACGUCCAUCUUGUGUAAAAAAUAUACUUUAUUUUAGGCCCCAAAAAACAUAGCUAACAACUCAGAGAGUCCUCUCGCUGUAGGGAUGAGGAAGCCACAGGAUCUGUCCCUUUGUUUGCGGUGCUGAUGCAUGCCAUGUUUUAGUACUGUUGCUGUAAAUGAAUUUGGUCCUCUUCUAGAUCUUGCCUCAUUCCAUCUGUUUUUCCACGUGUGAAAGCUUCUAAACAUCGAUCAUAUUAUAAAAAGCUCCCCGUCUAAAAAUGAGUGGGUUCCUCCAUCAUGUUUAUAUUUGUGAAGAAACUCAUUAAAAUUGCUCUGUUCGUCCA